AUGACGAAAAGACACGCGGCACCUCACGUGAAUCGGAGGCAACAGUCCCCCCUGUAUCUAACAUACCGGUACGAUGCGAAUUCGUACUCGUACUUCUAAGUACGGGUAACAGAAACCUAGGGACUCUAGAAUCUUCCUCGUCGAUCGAUCGAUCGAUCGAUCGAUUGGAUAGCGGCUGCUUUGGAGAGCUACAUUACGUUCCGUAUUCUUACGAUCAGUUGCCGGCACAACAGGCGAUAGAUAGAAACCGUCACCGAAACCGAAAUCAUUUUUGUCAGCAGCAAUAUGAAGGCCUUUAUCGGAAUUUUGUGGGCACUGAUGAGCCUUGCGGUGGCCGUUGCCUCCCAGCAAUACUACGACGACUACGGGGACGACAACGCCGCGGCUGGCGGAGACUACUACCAGCAACAGGACUACGGCGGUGAUUACGGAGAUUACUACGCCGAGGACGGCGGCGACGGAGCCGGGGGAGAUACCCUAUACUCCGAUUACGCCAAGCACCAGGAGGAAAAGGCUAUGGGAGUCAAGGGCGGAUUGUAAGUAACGAACGAACGAACGAACGAACAAACCAAACGAAAACAGCAAGUGCAAUAUGAUCAUCAAAGCGUGAAAGUUCUCCAGAGGAGAUUGAGAGAAAUAAUAGAAUACGUGAGGGACAGUAACAAUAUCAGAUUCGGGUGUUGUGGGCUUGUUGUGAUGUUUUGUACACAUGGCAUAAGGCGGGAAUCCUGCAUGAUUGUACCGUUUCGGUUUGAGACAGGACCGUGACCAUCUAUAUGGAAGGAUUGAAUCAGAGCGGUUUGGACAUUCAAGCACAUCACUCAAAAUUGGUGGAGGGGCAAGGUGGAGGAACAGCAAAUGGAUGGAUGGAUUCUGAUCGGUUAUUCGGUCGGUGUGUAAUAAGAAGGAAAGAAACAAUUUUGUUUCGUGAGAUGACAUCAUACGCAGCAACAGAUAGUAUCCAACCGACAAAAACUUGUGCCUUGCAUGGUAUUCUAUUCUACUGCAGCCCGAUGAAUUCCGCUAUCUUGCUCUCUUUCUCCGGAGCACAAAUCAAUCUCCGGAAAAAGAACCUCACGCAAACGACCACACGAGAUAUGUUUUUCGUUUCGAUAGUGCAGCUGCACGCUGUUCAAAAAUAGCUUUCGUUUCUCUUUCGAGAAAACUCAUUCGUCUCACAUCGCCCUUUUUUUUUUUCUUUCUUUCUUGUUUACUUUGGUACAUUCGAUGCCAUGAAUUCCAAUUUUUGAAACGGCAACAAAACCAACUCAAUCGCAAUUUGGAUGAAUCCUCAAUGCAAUCCACGGAACUCAACGCAACCAUAAACGCAACUGCAACCAUAUUAUAGAAAUCCUAUGUUGAAAAACGCUGCGUAUGGCGCCGCCGGCUGGUUCGUCGGGGCCAAGUUCCACUCCCGUCGCGCCGUCAAAAAGGCCACUGUGCUGGCGGGCAAGCAACAACAAAAACUCUACGAGCGAUACGUCAAAGACGUCUCCGCCCUCCAGCUGCAGAACGCCCAGCUCCAGGAAUACAUCCAGCAGACUACCAUCCAGCAGCUCACGGAAGAAUUCCUCCAGGCCGAUACCAAUAACGACCGCAAGGUCUCCCGGCUGGAAUUCGAGCGGUACAAGGCCGAUUACCUCAAGAAGCACCCCGAGGCAGAUCCCAGCAUGUUUCCCAGGUUCGAGGAUUUUGAUCCCGACCACAACGGAAUGGUCACCCUCCAAGAGCACGAGGAUUACUACCGCCAACAGGGCAUGAUUGCGUAAAUUAAAGAACCGGACAGUACUGCGCAGUAAUAUGGAGUAAAACAAUUAUAAUAGCAAGCAGAUGUGCCUUAGCUACAAUAGAAAAACCGCUAUCAC